AUGGCACUGCCUAGCGACAACAGUGAAAUUGCUGAGGAAUCUAGUAAUAUGUCUGGUAAUAAAAAAUUGGUAUCAAAGGACAUUGCUCCCAGCAAAGGUGGAAUUUUGCUGGUCAACUUAUCAAAAAAGCGUGUAGCAACCAAAUU